AUGAAGGACAUAGAUAAGCAAAUCUAUGUGAGCAAAAAAUAUGUAACUUCAUCUGGUCUGAUUGGAAAAUGCUUCUCUUGUGGAGGAGCUCCAAAAUCAACCGCUGCUAUAAAUGGUCAUCGAUACUGUAAGAAGUGUGUAAUCAAAAAGUUUCCUACACAGAAGGAUCCAAAAUAUGAUGAAACAGAUGCAAAGUUUAAAUGCUAUGCGAGUAACAUUGAUAGAGGUUGUGGCGCGGAAGAACUUACUUAUCGUGAGUUUUAUGUUGGUUCAUGCUGUGAAAAUGCUGCUAAUUCGACAAGACCUAAAAUGAGAUAUGAGCGCGCAGCUGUGGUCAAUGAGAUAUAUGAAGAGACCCGAAAAGAAGAAGGCCUUGCAGAAGAGAGAAACACGAAUGCAGCGAAAAAAGUUGAGGAGGCUGAGAAAGCACUUGAAGAAGCAAAGUUGGAAAAAGAAAAUGCUUAUGAGGAACUGCAAAAGAUAAAAGAAUGGCGUAGAAAAGUUCAAAAGCGAUCCUUAGUUCUGACAAAAAAUGCAAUGAAAGAGGAUAAUAAUCUUGAAGAUUCAACAGACGAGUCAGACAAGAAUCUUGUCAAGGAUGAGCCAGAUGACAAACUUAAAUGCAAAGUCUGCUUCGAAAUUUUCUGCGACGAGCAUCCCGAAGCUCUUGUCAUCCCAUGUGGUCACCGAGCUUGUUUCAACUGCCUUUCGUCUCUUCCCCAGAAGACAUGCCCAAGUUGCCGCGCCGAAUUCACUGAAGACAAGAUUUUCAAAAUUUAUUAG